GGCGGGCGGGCGGACCGACGGACCGACCCACCGACGCCCCCGCUCGCCCCCCGCGCUCACCCAGCGCCGCGCCCAGCGCCGCCAGCAGCAGCCGGGCGGCCGCCAUCGCCUCUUCCGCUGGAAACGGAAGGACGCGGCGCCACGGGGCGGCCGCUCCGCCCCGGCGCGGGGCCAUGGAGCGCGGGGCCAUGGAGCGCGGCGCCACGGAGCGCGGCCGGCGCGCUGCCCCGCGGAGGGGCGGCCGGCGCGGCGCUCGCAGCCUCGACACCUUCGCGGCGGAAGCGGAGGCGGCGCUGAGAGCUUGCCUGGAGGGCGAGGGGGCCGCGGAGGGAGGAGCCCCGGAGGCGAAGUUCCCGUGCCCUCUUGCCAUGUGGGAGCUCGGACACUGCGAUCCCAAGAAAUGCACCGGGAGGAAACUGGCCCGAAAAGGGCUGCUCCGAACCCUGCGCCUCCGCCAGAGAUUCCCAGGCCUCGUCCUCAGUCCGCUGGCUACCGAUUAUGUCUCUCCGGCUGACAGGCAUGUCAUUGCUCAGAGUGGAAUUGCAGUCAUAGAUUGCUCAUGGGCCAAAUUAGAAGAAACUCCCUUUAAGAGAAUGAGAGGAAGUCAUCUCCGGCUGCUGCCCUACUUGGUGGCUGCGAAUCCUGUCAACUAUGGUCGGCCAUGCAAGCUGUCCUGCGUGGAAGCUUUUGCUGCAGCUUUUUGCAUUGUUGGAUUCCCAGACCUAGCCACCAUUCUUCUAAGGAAAUUUAAAUGGGGUAAGGCAUUUAUUGACUUGAACAAAAGUCUCUUGGAAAAAUAUGCAGCCUGUCAUUGCCAGGAAGAAGUGCUGAGAGUUGAAAAGGACUUCUUAGCCAGUGUCCAAGAAACAAAAGAUGAAGAAAUAGAUCCAUUUGAUGUUGACUCAGGAAAAGAAUUUUCUAAUCCCAACAGACCAAUCAAUUCCCCAGGACUAGCACAAAGUAAUGAAGAAUCUGAGGAGGACAGCGUGAGCACUCCAGAUGAUGCUACUGAAAGCAGUGAUGAGAGCAGUCCAGAAGAUCAUGGUACUGUAAAGUUGCUGCAACAACAGCCAAUAAAUCAACUAUUUCAAAAGUAAAAAAAAAAAACCCACACAAACCCAAAACCAACAAAAACCCCAACAAUCCCAAAGAGUUGUAACAUCUUGUAUAAAGAAAUUUGCUUGUGAAUAGUUAACAGUGUGGCUUGUUCACCUGUAACUCGGUGCUUAGCAAAUGCCUUCCUUUAGGCGAACCUCAGACUAGAUGUGGGUUUAUAGGUCCAUUUAUGCACAUAAAGGCUUUAGGUUAUUUAAUUUUCAGAUAAUUGUUUAUGGAAUGCUAAUUGUUAUGUAAAGAGGCUGAAGCUUAGUUACAAGUUAAAAAAAACUGUAUUCUAAUCAAUGUGUCUGGAAAGUGGUUUAUAGGGAUUAUUUUUACCUAAUAGUACAUUAAGUAAACCCUUCUAACUUCUGGGCUAUAUUACAACUGGAAAACAUGACUAAGUUAUUGCCCUGUUCAGAGUACCUACCACAUAGGAGCCUCUGACUUUCUGCAGACUUGAACCUGCCAUAUGUAUUUCAACUACUUCAUCUAGUUCAGGGUAAACUGACUACCUAAGCUUAAAAGGAAAAAAAAUGCUUCCUGGAAUUGUUUUAACAUCUCCAUAUGUCUUUUCAGUAACUUUACAUGCUUUUUUUUUUUUUUUUUAAUUUACUCUGAUAGACACUCCUGAGCAACAUAAAAAUGUUUUGGCACUUUAUAUUCAGAACUGUACCAUAAAAUUUCAGGUAACAGGUUCAGCAAUGCUAUCUGCCUGCAUUCUCAUUACUUGAAGCGGCACUCUACCAAGUCAGAAAUACACAGUCUGGCCCUUCAAGAUAAGAGUCAGAGACUCUCAUCAGCGCUAGUAUCUUAGUUCACUUUUCCACAUGCCUGCCAGUUUGUAUAGCGAAAGUGCAGCUGUUGGCAGCUGUUUUCUGUACAUUUAAAUAGAAUGCUCUUUUGAGUUUCCAGCACCCAAGUGGAACUUACUUAAACCUAAACUUCAGCAACCCUUCAGUAGAAGUGGAGAUACUGAGGACAAUUCAUAGUGUUACCUUCAUGUAUACAAGUUCUUCAAGUCACAGCAAGAUUUUCACCUCUUAACCCUCUUCUACUGGAGAGAUUAAAUGCUAGCCCUACUGGAGCUAGAACUGGGGAGUCACAGCAGCAGUUUUAGUGGUACAAAUAUUCCAUUUCCCUUUAAAAAGAAAAAAAGAAGCCCAAGUAAAUGAAUUUGACAGGGAAUCUUUAACUCAGUUCCUCAAUUACUCACUUUCCUACCCCAAGCAUAUGAAGUCUUUCCCAAAUCAGCUGUUGUAACAAGGAUUUCUAGAUAGUGACAAGGAAGCAAUCCUACACAAACAAUUUUUAAAGGACUGAGAAUAACGUGAGGGUGUUAGCUAUUCUAAUUUGAGGGAAUGCUUUUAUGUUAUAAAGCUAUCGUAAUCAAAUGCAGACAAGCAGAACAGAUCUGAGAACAGAGCUGUAUCACACUUAGAAUAACUUAAGUCUCUAGCAGUAGCCAUUUUUUAAUAACAAGCAUUGAAGAAGCUACAGCUCAGGUGGAACAAAGCUUUUCACACUUCAUUUGUUUUGCAGAAUGAUUUUGACUAAAAUACAAUUAAAAAAAGCAGUGAAAGUUUAAUAGAGGGCAUAUCAGCUUGACAUACAUGAAAAUAACUUACAUAAUUUAACUGAUUUCCUUUACAGAAGGAAACUGUAAUUGCAUAGAGCACGUCCUUUUCCUAAAAGCUAUAUACAUUGACAUAUGGAAGAAGGCACAGAAGUAUUUCUGAUAAACAAGUACCAUUUAAAAUCCCCAGUUGCUGUAGGUCCCCUUGCAUUCCUUGGACAGCUUCUAUUGUUCAUAUCAGUCUAAUGCUUGUGUUACGGUCACACCAGUAUGUUGAUCCCUUUAUGCACAGUAAGCAAUUGGUCUCUAGCUAGUCAGAAUUCUGUAAGCUGUUUCAGGAACUGAUCAAAGUUGAAUAGCUGCAGUUACCACUCAGGGCCCAAAGAAGGGCCACGUUCAUGUUGGGGGUGGGCAGGGAAAAGAAAUGAAGGCAACAUCUAAACAAAAGGUAAGUGCAGCAUCACAGGCCUUAAAAACAGGACUUGCACUGAAUUGUGUUCGGAGCCAUUU